UACUUAUUCGUUCCCCACUCUUCUUCAGCUCCCAUUUUUCCCCACACGCACACACACCCCAGUCAGUGAGACAUUUGACCGAACGGGCGGCGCCUUGCAAAGCGCAAUGGCAAUGGCGAGUAAGAAAUCCAUGGAUGAGUUCCUUGAUCAGUGCGAGCAGUCAGGUGACGCCGCCUACAGCGCUUUCCGAUCACUUCUGGAGCGGCUGGAGGAUCCUGAAACCCGGAAAGAUGCUCGGAUUUUCUUGUCGGAUCUCCAUAAACGGUUCGACAGUAAAGAAGCGGCUGAGAAAUGUCUCCAGAGUUACCAUUUCCGGAUUGAAGAUAUUUAUCUCGAACAAUCUGAAGGUUUCCAGGUGAGAAAGAAGCUGACAAUGAUGGUCAUACCCAGUAUCUUUAUCCCAGAGGAUUGGUCCUUUACUUUUUAUGAGGGGCUGAACAGGCAUCCUGAUUCCAUCUUCAAAGACAGGACAGUAGCUGAGCUUGGUUGUGGAAACGGAUGGAUAUCCAUAGCUAUUGCUGAGAAGUGGUCACCUUUGAAGGUAUAUGGUCUUGAUAUAAAUCCAAGGGCAGUAAAAGUGGCUUGGAUAAAUCUUUAUCUAAAUGCAUUGGAUGACAACGGCGAACCAAUUUACGAUGAGGAGAAUAAAACUCUGCUUGAUAGGGUAGAAUUUUAUGAAUCUGACUUGCUGUCUUACUGCAAAGAUCAUAAGAUAGAGCUGGAAAGAAUUGUUGGGUGCAUACCACAGAUUCUUAACCCUAAUCCAGAUGCUAUGUCCAAGAUGAUUACUGAAUAUGCAAGUGAAGAAUUUCUGUAUUCAUUAAGCAACUAUUGUGCACUACAGGGUUUUGUGGAAGAUCAGUUUGGUUUGGGGCUGAUUGCAAGGGCAGUUGAAGAAGGAAUUGAUGUCAUAAAACCUAUGGGGAUUAUGAUUUUCAAUAUGGGAGGUCGUCCUGGACAUGCUGUUUGUAAGCGCUUAUUUGAGCGCCGUGGUCUCUGUCUUACCAAGCUUUGGCAAACGAAAAUUCUUCAGGCUGCUGACACAGAUAUAUCAGCUUUAGUUGAAAUUGAAAAGAGUAGUCCGCAUCGAUUUGAAUUUUUCAUGGGCCUUGGUGGCGAUCAGCCAAUUUGUGCUAGAACUGCAUGGGCCUAUGGAAAAGCUGGUGGUCGUAUUUCACAUGCAUUAUCAGUCUAUAGUUGUCAACUCCGUCAACCAAGUCAGGUAAAAAAGAUCUUUGAGUUUCUCAAAAAUGGGUUCCAUGACAUCAGCAACUCCUUAGAUUUGUCCUUUGAAGAUGAUUCUGUUGCAGAUGAGAAAAUUCCCUUCCUAGCUUACCUUGCUAGUGUUCUUAAAGAGAACUCAUUUUUGCCUUAUGAGCCACCAGCAGGAAGCAAACAGUUCCGAAGUCUCAUUGCGGGGUUUAUGAAAACCUACCAUCAUAUUCCCCUCAGUGCUGAUAAUGUUGUUGUAUUUCCUUCAAGGACUGUGGCAAUUGAGAAUGUUCUUCGAUUGUUCUCACCUCGUCUUGCCAUUGUGGAUGAACAUCUGACGCAAAACCUGCCUAGGCAAUGGUUAACGUCAUUGAAAGUUGAGACUGCAGAAACCUGUAAGAACUCGGAGGAGGUGAUCACUGUGAUUGAAGCUCCUCGCCAGUCGGAUUUGAUGGUAGAGUUAAUAAAGAAAUUGAAGCCCCAGGUGGUAGUCACUGGCAUAGCUGAAUUUGAGUCUGUUACUAGUUCUGCCUUUGAACACCUUUUGGAUACUACUAGAGAAACUGGAUCUCGUCUUUUUAUAGACAUAUCAGACCACUUUGAGCUAUCUAGCCUCCCUAGUUCCAAUGGGGUCGUAAAGUAUCUUGCUGGAUCUCCUCUUCCUUCACAUGCAGCAAUUGUUUGUGGCCUAUUGAAAAACCGGGUUUAUUCUGAUCUUGAAGUCGCUUUUGUGAUAUCAGAAGAAGAAACAGUUCUUAAAGCAUUGUCCAAGACUCUGGAACUUUUACAAGGGAGUACUGCACUAAUUAGUCAAUACUAUUACGGCUGCCUCUUCCAUGAGCUUCUAGCAUUUCAGCUUGCAGAUAGACAUCCUGCAGUAGAGAGAGGAGCUCAAAAGGGGAAAGCAAGUGAGAUGAUUGGCUUUUCAAGUGCAGCGAUAUCUGUCCUUGAUCACGCUGAGUUGUCUAUCACUGAAGCAGACAACUCUUCUUUGAUCCACAUGGACGUGGAUCAAAGCUUUUUGCCAAUUCCAAAUGCAGUAAAGGCUGCUAUCUUCGAGAGUUUCUCAAGACAGAACAUUGUAGAGUCAGAGACUGAGGUAACAAGGGGGGUAACUCAAUUUGUUGGCAGCAGUUAUGGUUUCCCAACAGAUGGCAGCACAGAGUUUUUGUAUGCUGACCGUCCUCUAGCUCUUUUCAAUAAGUUGGUCCUUUGCUGCCUUCAAGAAGGUGGAACCUUGUGCUUCCCAGUUGGAUCAAACGGGAAUUAUGUCGCUGCUGCAAAGUUCUCGAGAGCAAAUAUUCUAAAUAUCCCAACCAGUUCUGAAGUAGGCUAUAAAUUGACAGAAAAUACUCUUGCUAGAGUGUUUGAGACUGUGAAUAAACCUUGGAUCUAUAUUUCUGGACCAACUAUCAAUCCCACUGGAUUACUUUAUAGUAAUGGAGAGAUGAAAGAUAUAUUAUCAGUCUGUGCAAAGUUUGGGGCUAGGGUGAUAAUUGAUACAUCAUUUUCGGGUGUCGAAUAUAACGAUGGCUGGGGUGGCUGGGAAUUGAAGUCUACUUUAGCAGCACUAACUUCAUCUGCCAAACCAUCUUUUUGUGUUUCAUUGCUGGGGGGAUUGUUUCUGAAGAUGCUUACUGGAGGACUGAAUUUUGGUUUUCUACUUCUGAAUCAGCCUUCUUUGAUUGAUGCUUUUAAUAGCUUUCCUGGGUUAAGCAAACCACACAGUACUAUUAAAUACGCAGUCAAGAAGUUGUUGGAUCUCAGAGAGCAAACAGGAGGAAGCCUACUGAAUUGUGUUGGUGGGCAGGAAAAGGUUAUGGAAACCAGAUAUGAGCGCUUCAAAGAGACCCUUCAAAAUUGUGGUUGGGAGGUACUAGAAGCUCAUGCAGGUCUUUCUAUGGUAGCAAAGCCAUCUGCCUAUCUUGGUAAAUCCAUCAAGGUCAGUGAAAAUUCAGCUGCCUGGGAAGCCAAGCUUGAUGACUCAAAUAUUAGAGAAGCUAUGCUUAGGUGCACUGGUUUGUGCAUUAAUAGUGCUUCUUGGACGGGAAUUCCUGGUUAUUGUCGGUUCACAAUUGCCUUGGAAGAUGGUGAAUUUGAGCGCGCAUUGAACUGCGUUAUCAAAUUCCAAAAAGCUUUUGGUAAUUGAGAUGCAUACAAUCUUGCCAUUGCUUCUUCACAUUUUCACAACUUGGUGGUUGUGAAGCUUUGAGAUAAAAAUAUGCUCUUAAUACACGUCUCGCUGUUUGAGGCUGCCUUUCUUUCUCUUUUUCUUUAUCCUUCAUGCGCAUGUUUCUAGAUUGUUCCCACGGUUAUGAAGUUGGGCUCGCUGGAUGACAAUAUAUUUUGUCUCGAACAUAAUGAUGAAAGGUGUCUCAUUCAUCUCCAUUAUGAUUCUGCUCCAGUCUCGAUUUCUUUGUAAAGACACAAUCUCGUGUUUCUGCUGGAUAAGAAACUUAAGCGAACCAAUUUUGCGAGGUGAUACUACAAAAGUUUUAUCGAAGAGAGAUUCCAUCCAUGGUUAUCUUGAA